AUGGAGAGUUAUCUGAAUGAGAAUUUUGGGAGAGUGAAACCUAAACAUUCGUCGGAUGAGUCGUUAAGGGACUGGAGGACGCUGUGUGGCGUUGUUAAGAACCCUAAACGACGGUUUCGUUUCACUGCCAACCUCGCCAAGCGCAAUGAAGUUGCUGCUAUACGACGUACCAAUCAAGAGAAGUUGAAGGUAGCAGUUUUGGUGUCUAAGGCUGCAGUUCACUUUUUACAGGGAAUGCAACCAAGCAACUACACACUACCCGAGGAAGUUAAAUCCGCUGGUUUUGAAAUUUGUGCUGAUGAAGUAGCUUCCAUUGUAGAAGGCCACGAUUCCAAAAAGCUCAAACAUCACGGUGGUGUAGAUGGCAUUGCAAAGAAGCUCAACACAUCAACAACAUCUGGCAUUUCAACUGAUAAACAAACCCUAAUCUCCAGACAAGAACAUUUUGGGAUCAACAAAUUCACUGAGACUCUACAUCGAAGCUUUUGGGUGUUUGUAUGGGAAGCUCUUCAAGAUAUGACACUAAUGGUCCUUGGUGUUUGUGCAUUUGUCUCUUUAAUCGUUGGAAUAGCAACAGAAGGGUGGCCAAGAGGAGCUCAUGAUGGGCUUGGAAUUGUCGCAAGUAUUUUAUUGGUGGUUUUUGUGACAGCUACAAGUGAUUAUCGUCAAUCUUUACAGUUCAAAGACUUGGAUAAAGAAAAGAAAAAGAUAUCAAUUCAAGUUACAAGAAACGGAUACAGACAAAAGUUAUCAAUCUAUGAGCUACUCGUGGGUGAUAUCGUGCACCUCGCUAUAGGCGAUCAAGUCCCUGCAGAUGGACUUUUCCUUUCUGGAUUUUCAGUCUCCAUUGAUGAAUCAAGCUUAACAGGUGAAAGUGAGCCAAUAAUGGUAACCACCGAAAACCCUUAUUUACUAUCUGGAACAAAAGUCCAAGAUGGAUCAUGCAAAAUGUUAGUCACAACAGUAGGAAUGAGAACACAAUGGGGUAAACUAAUGGCAACUUUAAGCGAAGGUGGAGAUGAUGAAACCCCAUUACAAGUCAAACUCAAUGGAGUUGCAACAAUCAUUGGAAAAAUCGGUCUUUUUUUUGCUAUAAUCACUUUCACAGUUCUUGUUCAAAAGCUAAUAACUCACAAAAUCAACCAAAAAACUCACUGGAAAUGGUCUGGUGAUGACGCUUUAGAACUACUCGAAUAUUUCGCAAUUGCUGUCACCAUUGUUGUUGUUGCAGUUCCCGAAGGUUUACCUUUAGCAGUGACUUUAAGUCUCGCAUUUGCCAUGAAAAAAAUGAUGAAUGACAAAGCACUCGUUCGCCACCUGGCAGCAUGCGAAACCAUGGGGUCCGCAACAAGUAUAUGCAGCGAUAAAACCGGGACACUCACUACAAACCACAUGACAGUAGUGAAAGCUUGCAUUUGUACAAAAGUCUUGGAUUUGACCAAAAAAGUCAACGACAUUCCCGAUAGCGCAUUGAAGCUUCUCCUACAAUCGAUAUUCACCAACACCGGGGGCGAAGUCGUAAUUAACCAACGUGGGAAUCGCGAGAUUUUAGGAACACCAACGGAGACAGCGAUACUUGAAUUCGGGUUGUUGUUAGGUGGGGAUUUUAAAUCCGAGAGAGAAGGUUCUAAAGUUGUUAGAGUUGAGCCGUUUAAUUCUACAAAAAAACGAAUGGGGGUGGUGUUGAAGCUUCCGGAAGGAAUCGUGCGAGCUCAUUGUAAAGGUGCUUCGGAGAUAAUAUUGGCUGCGUGUGAGAAUAUGAUUAAUGGAAAUGGCGAAGUUGUCCCUCUUGAUGAGGGAUCGGUUAAUAAUCUCAAGGGUAUAAUUGACAAAUUUGCGGGUGAAGCUCUUCGAACGUUGUGUCUGGCUUAUGUAGACCUUAAUUCCGAUGUUUCUCCGGAAACGGCUAUUCCGGCUUCUGGGUACACGUGUAUUGGAAUUGUGGGGAUAAAAGAUCCUGUCCGUCCAGGUGUCAAAGAGUCAGUGGCUCUUUGUCGGGCUGCAGGGAUUACUGUGCGUAUGGUUACGGGAGAUAAUAUUACUACCGCGAAGGCGAUCGCUAAAGAAUGUGGAAUCCUUACUGAUGAUGGGAUUGCAAUCGAAGGUCCGGAUUUUCGUGAAAAAAGUCUGGAUGAAUUGUACUAUUUAAUUCCCAAAAUUCAGGUAAUGGCCAGAUCUUCUCCUCUCGAUAAGCAUACACUCGUGAGGCACUUGAGAACGACAUUCGGUGAGGUUGUGGCGGUUACUGGUGACGGUACAAAUGACGCUCCUGCCCUUCAUGAAGCUGAUAUUGGGCUUGCAAUGGGCAUUGCUGGUACCGAGGUAGCAAAAGAGAGUGCGGAUGUUAUUAUUCUUGACGAUAAUUUCUCGACAAUUGUGACGGUUGCGAAAUGGGGAAGAUCAGUCUACAUUAACAUUCAAAAAUUUGUACAAUUUCAGCUUACGGUCAACGUAGUGGCUUUGGUAGUCAACUUCACUUCCGCUUGUUUGACUGGAAGUGCUCCCCUUACAGCUGUCCAGCUGUUAUGGGUGAACAUGAUAAUGGACACACUAGGAGCCCUAGCCCUAGCAACCGAACCCCCGAAUGAUGAAUUAAUGAAACGACAACCAGUUGGAAGAACAGGAAGUUUUAUAAGCAUUGUUAUGUGGCGGAAUAUUUUAGGCCAAUCUAUUUAUCAAUUCACAGUCAUAUGGCUACUUCAAUCAAAAGGAAAAUCAUUUUUUGGUCUUUAUGGAGAUGAUUCCGAUUUAAUCCUCAACACCCUAAUUUUUAACGCCUUCGUCUUUUGUCAGCUUUUUAAUGAAAUAAACUCUAGAGAAAUGGGGAAAGAAGACGUCACAGAUGGCAUAUGGGACAACAAUGUGUUCGUAAGCGUGAUAUCAGCAACUUUUAUUUUUCAGGUGAUAAUAGUCGAGUAUUUGGGCACAUUUGCAAAUACUUCACCAUUAACAAUCAUCCAAUGGUUUUUUAGCAUUUUUAUCGGGUUUUUAAGCAUGCCGAUUGCUGUCUACUUGAAAAGAAUUCCAUAUUUGUUAAAAACUAAUUAG